AUGAUGUCAUUAAUAAAAAGCAAAUUUGAAGAUUUUCCUGUUGAAAUUUACUUGGAAAUUUUUAAAUAUUUAAGUGGAUUUUAUAUUUAUAUUGGUUUUCAAGAUCUUAAUUCACGUUUUCGUUUAUUACUUAGUAAUUAUUCUUUUUCAUUGGAUUGCACGAAGAGUCGUUACUUGGUCAGCAUAUGUUUACAACUUCUUCUUGAUAUAACACCAAAACCAAUUUGUUCAUUAAAAAUCCAAAUUCCUCUCGAUUAUACUAAAAGACUCUUUCUAGAAGCAUAUAAUCCUCAACAAUUUAUAAAUCUUGAACAAUUACAAAUAUGUAUUUCUCCACCAUUGAUUUCAAAAGAUAACAUAUAUAUAUUACAAGAAAUAUUAGAAAAAUUCUCAGAAUUUCCAAAAUUAUCUCGUCUAUCAAUAAGAAUAUCAUACGAAAUAGGUAAUCAUGAAGCAGUAAAAAAUAUUUAUAAAAUACUAUUUAACCUAUUACCAUUGAAAUUAAAAUAUUUACGAUUACAAUUAGCCUUACAAGAUACAAUUCCUAUGGUAAAUGGAUAUGAACUAUUAUCAAAUAAUAAUGAUAGAUCAACUUUGCUAGAUGAUAAUGAUUAUGAACGAUUGAACAGUCAAUCAUUGAUUAUGAUUGAAUACUUAACAAUACUUAAUUAUUUUGAUAUCAAUAAUUUAAAAUAUAUUUUUUUAUUAAUGCCAAAAUUAAAAUAUUUAAAUAUAAAUUUAUAUGAUAAAAAUAAUUUUGAAAUGCAUCGUGAUCCAUAUUAUCCAGAAAGGAUACAUACUAAACCAUAUAAUUUACAUGAUUUAGAAUCAAUAAUUCCAAUAAAUUUGAAAACAUUGGAUAUGGCUAUUGAUGUUAGUAUUGAUUAUAAAGAUCUAAUUGAAUUUUUAUUUGAACCUAUGAAAAAAGCACAAAUUAAAUUAAAAAAGGUAAUAUUACAAAUAUAUCUUUAUGAUUCCAUUGAACAAGCAAUGGUUGAACAAUUAAUACAAACAACAUUAUCAACAAAUUUAAUCAUGACAGUUAAACGUGUUUAUGUUGUUACUAAUAUUCCGCACGAUGAAUAUAUGGGAAUGGAAUAUUAUGCUUCGCAAAAUUUAGCAAGAGAAAUAAAACAAUUGAUGUCGUAUAAAUAA